AUGACCACCCCACACCGUCGUCGUCUCACCGACGACGUCUUCACCGCGGAUUCUGAUGACGAUGACGACGACGCGGAAUUCCGUUCAUCGACAUGGAAUUUCAUAGAGAACAACAAUUCCAGUCGAAGAUCUGAAAGUUAUUCGACGACGCCUCGUCCGAUGACACUUUUCAGCCGAGGGACUGGUGGAGGAAGAGCGAUGAGUAAUGGAAUGGAGACGAGGACAGCGUUUAGAGAGUUGCCAACCACACCCAUAAGUGCGACACGUACCGCUUCCACCUAUCAGUUUCACUACGUGACACGACGUGUGAGCAGCACUGGAGCCCGUCAUACUACUGUAGAGCUUGAGCACUCGGCUAGAGACUUGCCGCCGUCGGAUCAACAACAACAACAACCCGUGCAGGUAAUUAACUUAAUUAGUUUUGUAGAUCAAAACUAG